AUGAUCGACGAAGUGAAGCAGACACCCGUGCAGGAGCAGAAGCUGGACCUCGAGGAGGGCACUGCCGAGCAGUUCAACAAUGACGGCACGUUCUAUCAGAGCCAGCUGGGCCAGAGGGCGAAACGGAAACAUUUCUUUUCGCCGUUGGACCCAACCCUUGCUGAGGCGGUUCAUAAGGAUGCGGAAACUGUCAACUUCACUGCUGAGGAAGAGAGAGCAGUGAGACGGAAGAUUGACCAUGUGGUCCUGCCGUUGGUAGUCUGUAGUUACAUCUUCAACCAAUUUGAUAGGACAAAUAUCGGCAACGCUCACGUUAUCAACGCUUUCAAUGAGAAUUAUGGUAUAACGAAUAACAACAAGUGGACAGUCGCUCUGAGUAUAUUCUAUGUCGGCUACUGUCUUCUCGAGAUGCCGGCCAAUGUCCUCCAACGCCAUAUCGGCGCGAACCGCUUCUUCUUCCUGUCACUAACAUUCUGGGGCCUCUCGUCCCUCUCCGUCGUGUACGCGAAAGGCUACGCCGCUCUCUUGGUUCUGAGAGUGCUCAUGGGCAUCGGCGAAGCCGGGUACUACGCAGGGAUGAUUUACUACUUGUCGUUCUGGUACAAACGGUCUGAGCUUGCCCUGAGAAUCAGUUUAUGUAUGACAGGUACCCUGCCGGGGGCGAUUGGAGGUCUCCUGGCCUUUGGCCUGGUCCGCUUGCACACUUCCGUUCUUACUGGAUGGCAAUUCCUCUUCCUUAUCGAGGCCAUCCCCACCAUCAUAAUGGGGUUCAUGAUCCUCCUCUUCCUUCCGUCGUUCCCAUUCUCGUCGUCCUUCCUCACCCAGCGCGAGAAGGCGAUUGCACAGGCCCGUCUCAACCGAGACCACAAGCCGCAGUCGCACGGCGGUAUGACGGGUUUGCAGGGGCUCAAGGCCGUGCUAGCCGAUCUCAAUGCUUGGCUGUUCAUGCUCAUCUACGCCAGCUUUAACGUAGGAGUUGCCACCAUCUCGUACUUCCUGCCCACCCUCAUCAAAGAUCUCGGGUUCUCCUCGAUCAACGCGCAAGGCAUGACCGUCGCGCCGUACGUCGUCGGCUGGUUCAUGGUCUUCCUACAGGCGUGGCACAGCGACCGCACGCGCGACCGCGGCUGGCACAUCAUGGCGUCGACCCUCACGUCCUUCGUCGGGUACGUCAUCCUCGCGACGUCCGUGCAGAAGAGCGUCGGCGCGGCGUACUUUGCGCUGUUCCUUGUGGUGGGCGGGAAUUACAGCUUGUUCCCGCUGGUGAUGAGCUGGGCUGCGAAUAACUUUGCGCCUACUUCGAAGCGCGGUGUAGGCACUGCGUUUAUUGUGUCUAUAUCCAACUGCGUCUCCAUCGCUUCUCCCCAGAUAUAUUUCGACUCAGAGGAUAAUUACCGGAAGGGCCAUGCGAUAUCUGCGGGGUGUCUUUUCCUGUCGUUCCUGGCCGCGUUCUUCCUCCGCAUGCGGCUGUCCAUGAAGAACAAGAAAAACAAAAAGAUACUGGAGGCAAGAUCUGAGGAGGAGAAGGCAGAGGUGGAGGCUAGCACACCAGAGAUUGCUGAUAAUGAUCCGAGAUACGUGUAUAUGACUUAAAUCUGCCUCGUGACAGUUUCUCUUUUCAUGCCA